GAACAAACGGCUGAUUGUUGCAAACAAACCAAUUUUCAAGUGACCGUGCGAUCGAAAAUGGGGAAGAAUAGCAGCAAACUGUCGCCCGAAGACCUGAAAGACUUCAAGAGCUGCUGUCAUUUCACCGAGAAAGAAAUCACCGAUUUCUAUGCGAAUUUUCACCGAGCCUACCCGAAAGGACGCAUGUCUUCUGAACAGCUGCAGGAGAUGUACGCAAAGCUGUUCCCCGAUGGCAACGCCGACAAGUUUGCAGAGAAUGUGUUCCGCGUGAUUGACGUUGACGGCGAUGGAACCGUCGAUUUUCGAGAGUACUUGUUCUCCAUGAGUGCGACGCUCAGAGGUGAUCCGCUCGAAAUAUUUCGGCGAGCGUUCCUGUUAUACGAUGUUGACGGCGACGGUUUCAUUACCGAGGAGGAGAUGAGUGCUAUAUUCCAGAGUUAUCAUCGGCUCCGCGGUGGUUCCGGUGAGCUCGACCAGAGUGCGAAGGCGAUCAUAAAGCAAUUCGACAAGGAUAAAGACCAGAAAUUGAGUUUCGAAGAGUUCAUUCAGUGUGCUCAAAAAAUUCCCAAAAUCGUGGACCAGAUGAUUUCACAACGGCGGGCAAGCGUUGCGACCAAGUGAGUCGAUGAGAAUUUUACCAGCAUUGCCCCAAACGACCCCGAAUCAUUCCGAAGUCCGAAGCUUAGUUUCCGAGAGAAGCGGGACUAAGUUCUGUUUACAAAUGAGUCGAUCCCGGGGUCAACUCCUUCGGGAGCUCCAGAUGACGGAAACAGAGCGGCGAAAAAAAGGUUAGGCUCGAACUCCGCGGGUACGCUCAGAAUCCCUUCCCGGAUCGAUCGAUCGAUAGAUCAAGGGUCGACAUUCUGGCGAUGAUUAGCGACGUUGAAUGCAUUCAUCGAUUGGAGUGACUUUUAUCGGCUCAAACGAAGGAGUGGCGCUGUUCGGAUCUACUCACAAGCACGGCUGGAGUGUGACUCGGUCACACGAUGCUCAAAUUAUGUCCCGCUGCGAAACAGCGAGACUCCCUGUAUGUGUAAUAUAUUAUUGAAUCCAGACAAUGACCUGUAAUUCUACGCUAUUUAUGAACAAAUAAAUCUAUCUGUU